AUGUCCAGUAGCAUCACAGACCUCGAGUUCCAGACCUUCUACGUCGUAACCAAGCUUCUCGACGCCGUCUAUCCAAAUGGCAAAUUGUACGUUUCCCACGGCUUGAGCACUGACAGGGAUUCUUACCGGUAUCGUGCCGCUGUAGUAGAGUCAAAGAUAGAGUCUUCGGGUAGUGUCAAGAGACGACUACUCUCGCAGGUCGAAACAGCCAAAACUCGGAUUGGUGUUCUAGAAGCCGUGCGGAAGAGGCUUGAGGAAAUCGCGUCCUGGAGACUCGACGUGAUCAUAAGCGACAAGGAAAGAGAUGACGUGGAAGAAAACGAACGGAAGAGGAAGAACUUGCGUAUGAAGAAGCUAGGAGGAGAGCGGAGAGUGGAACAGGGCUGGUCUCAGCUGCAGGAGAAGCUUUGA